AUGCUGCUGCCCUCCAAGAAGGACCUCAAGACUGCCCUGGAGGUCUUCGCUCUCUUCCAGUGGGCUCUCAGCGCCUUGCUUAUCGUAAGCACGGUGAUCCUCGUCAACCUCUACCUGGUGGUGUUUACGCCCUACUGGCCUGUCACUGUGCUCAUUCUCACCUGGCUGGCUUUCGACUGGAAGACCCCCGAGCGAGGUGGCCGCCGGCUUACCUGUGUGAGGCAAUGGCGCUUGUGGAAACACUACUGCGACUACUUCCCUCUCAAGAUUUUGAAGACUCACGAUCUCUCCCCCAGCCACAACUACAUCGUUGUCUGCCACCCUCACGGGCUCAUGUCCCAUUCGUGCUUCGGCCACUUUGCCACGGAGACUUCGGGCUUCUCCAAAGUCUUCCCUGGCAUCACCCCAUACAUACUCACACUGGGAGCCUUUUUCUGGGUUCCCUUCCUCAGAGACUACGUAAUGUCCACAGGGGCCUGCUCUGUGAGCCAAUCCUCCAUGGACUUCCUGCUUACCCAGAAAGGCAAAGGCAACAUGCUCAUUGUGGUGGCUGGCGGCCUGGCUGAGUGCAGAUACAGCCUGCCGGGCUCCUGCACCCUGUUCUUGAAGAAACGGCAUGGCUUUGUGCGCACGGCCCUGCGGCACGGGGUGGCUCUAGUCCCUGCCUAUUCCUUUGGGGAGAAUGACCUCUACGAUCAGCAUAUUUUCAAGCCAGGGGGCUUGGUCAACCGCUUCCAGAAGUGGUUCCAGCGCAUGGUCCACGUCUACCCUUGUGCUUUCUACGGGCGUGGCUUCACCAAGAACUCCCUGGGCCUUCUGCCCUAUACUCGGCCUGUAACCACGAUUGUCGGGGAACCUCUCCCAGUGCCCAAGAUCGAGAAUCCAAGCCAGGAGACUGUGGCUCAAUACCACGCACUCUAUGUCGAUGCCCUCCGCAAACUAUUUGACCAGCAUAAAACCAACUUCGGCAUUUCAGAGACUCAGGAGCUGGUGAUAAUUUGA